GGUCCGUAACGUGACGGAACGUACAAGUGUGCGGCAACCUUUAUUCUUCGUCAUUUCGGUAUUAUACUGAUUGCUGACAUUACAAACCGGUUACAGUUUACAAGACAUAGAAAUUUAGGGGAUGUGUUCUUUCAUUCUUUAAUCGGCACCCCGCAUCCUGUGAUCUGUGCAGUAGAAGUAUGUGAUUUGUGGUUUCUUGCACAUAACCUUUGAUGCAGAAAUUGUGUGUGUGAAACAAAAGAGGGUUAUAAUGGCGGUAUUUGUAAACAGUGAUAAUGUAAGAUAUACAGAUGCUUUUAUUGAAGCCGAUUACAGUUAUCACACCACGAAAGUGGACAAAAAGGAAGAUCAAUUUGUGAUUACACCUCAAACGGAUACUUUAAACAUUCGCACUAGUCGCAAAGUUCCAAAGGUUGGAGUAAUGCUUGUCGGAUGGGGUGGAAAUAAUGGGAGUACAUUUACGGCUGCUUUACUCGCAAAUAAGCGUCAAUUAUCGUGGCCUACCAAACAAGGAAGGCAGCAGGCAAAUUGGUAUGGUUCAAUUACACAAGCGUCUACAAUCCGAUUGGGUACCGAUGCAGACGGCAAAGAUGUAUACAUACCCUUCCAUUCCAUACUUCCCAUGGUACACCCCAACGAUUUGGAAAUUGACGGUUGGGAUAUAUCCGGCGCGAAUUUGGCGGAAGCGUGCGAGCGUGCCCAAGUGCUAGAUCCUUAUUUGCAGGAAAAAUUGAAACCAUUCCUUGAAAAGUUAAAGCCAAGGCCGUCUAUCUACGAUCCCGAUUUUAUUGCCGCAAAUCAGGCGGACCGUGCUAAUAAUUUUCUACGGGGAUCUAAGAGAGCUCAAGUGCAACAAAUUUGUAACGACAUUGAAGACUUUAGAAAGCGAGCCUGUCUUGAUCAUGUUAUUGUUGUAUGGACGGCUAAUACGGAACGUUUCAGUACAAUUAUAGCAAAUGUAAAUGAUUCUGCUGACAACAUUGAAAAGGCUGUUGACAACAAUUAUUCAGAAAUUUCGCCUUCUACCCUUUUCGCCUAUGCAUCCAUUCUGAUGAAGUGUACCUACCUAAAUGGCUCUCCUCAAAAUACCUUUGUGCCCGGAAUAAUCGAUUUGGCACAAAAAAGAAAUGUGUUUAUAGGCGGUGACGACUUUAAAUCUGGCCAAACAAAGAUUAAAAGUGUGCUGGUAGACUUCUUGGUUAGUGCUGGGAUUAAACCUGUUAGUAUUGUAAGUUACAAUCAUCUUGGGAACAAUGACGGAAAGAAUCUCUCGGCCCCUUCGCAAUUCAGGUCCAAAGAGAUAUCCAAAAGUAACGUGGUGGAUGACAUGGUUAAUUCCAAUAAAAUUUUAUAUUCCGAAAAUGAAAAACCAGAUCAUUGUGUUGUCAUUAAAUAUGUCCCUUAUGUUGGUGAUUCUAAGCGAGCUAUGGAUGAAUAUGUGUCUCAGAUAAUGAUGGGUGGUCAUAAUACCCUUGUUUUACACAACACCUGUGAAGAUUCUCUUUUAGCCGCACCUAUUAUUCUAGACCUUGUGAUUCUAGCUGAACUGUGUUUCAGAAUUGAGUUCAAGAAAGUUGAAGAAACGAAAUAUUCUUCGUUUCACCCUAUUUUAUCUGUUCUCGGUUAUUUGUGUAAGGCACCACUUGUACCGAAAGGAACACCAAUUGUUAAUUCGUUAUUUAGACAAAGACAUAGUAUUGAAAAUAUUUUACGUGCAUGUUUAGGGCUACCACCUGAAUCUAAUAUGCUGCUAGAGCAUAAAAUUUUAACCCUAAUGGGUCACAGAACAUCUACAGUAUAAUCCCUAAAUCACAAUUUUGCCUAAUUAAUGGUUUUUGUACCCAUCCUACCUUAAAGGCUAAAUAAAUGUGAAUUAACAUAAAA